AUGAAUCCAAUCUCCCUGUGUAACAAUGCAGAAAGUAGACAAGAGUCAACAUUCGAUGAAUGCACUCAAAGUGGCAAUAACAACCCUUUUCUAGAUGAUAAGAAGUCGACAUGUCAAAGCAAUACCUGUGACAAGGAUAGUGGAAAAUGCUCCGAAGUACAGCCAUCAUGUUCAUACUUUCGGAAAAUGGUGGAAAGAAUAACGUCGAUUACCGAUCCUCGUAUACUUGACGAAAUAGAAAAUUUGCAUAUCCAAUGCAAAAAUUGUGAAGUAAAGGAAUGUGAUAAAAAUUAUUGUACCAAACAAGAAGAAACUCAACACCCCAAUGAAUUAUGCACUGAUCAGAGAAUGAAAGCCAAUCCUCCCCAAAUUCAAUUCGACAAGUCAUGUCGCGAACGCGCAUUCGAAAGCAAGGAAGAUAUGACAACUAAAGGCACACAGAUCAACAUACCAUCGAUGCAUCCCAUGCGCCUAAAUGAGAAUGUUGAAAGACUGAUUGCUGAGUCUGAACCUCACGCUAGGAUAGAUUUGAGGAAUCAACAACUAACUGAUCAACAUAUGCACACAGUAGCAAAACUCGCAAUCGUCGAGAAACAAUGUGAAAUACUCGAUUUAGGAUCUAACCGCAUCACAUCAGAGGGUAUAUUCAACAUUGGUGAAGCAGUGUCAAGAAGCACCAGUAUUCUUCGACUCUAUCUUGGAGGUAAUCAACUAUCCGAUGAUGGUGUAUGUUUUCUUGCGCCCUUAGUGGAAAAUUCUUGUCUUUUCGUUCUGGGCCUUGCUAAUAAUAACAUCACUGACCAGGGCGCAUUUCACAUGGCUCAAAUGCUCGAAAAUAAUCAACGAUUAACUGUGCUUGGGUUGGAGAACAACCAAAUUGGUGACAAAGGAGUUCAAAUGUUGGCUGAUGUACUCAAGGAUUAA